UUAUUUCAUUUCUGCUCGUCAUCAGUGAGAAAAGGCAGAAGUUUAUGAGAGACUUUCCUCUUGAGUUGAUGCUGAAGCUCAACCCGCAGAACUUUAAUACACAAACACACACAGACACUUUUCUUUUGUUUUCUUGACGCGCAUGCACGUGAAACCAGGAACAUUCUCCCGUUUUUCUUUUCUUUCUUGUUUUGGGAACCGCUUCAUGUGUGUUUGCCAGGAGAAAGGGAUCUGCGGGACAUCUCCUCCGUAAGGAUCCACAGAAACAGGCCGACCGUCUUUAAAUCAGAUCUGCAUUCAGACCGGACUGAUUGGGUGUGCCGGUAACUAUGGCGACAAGAGGCCACGCCUCCAGCUCAUUAAUGAGUAACCACACCAAAGAGCGAGUGACUAUGGCCAAGGUGACGCUGGAGAACUUCUACAGUAACCUCAUAGCCCAACACGAGGAACGAGAGAUGAGGCAACAAAAACUGGAGAAAGUUAUGGAUGAAGAAGGACUGCCUGAUGAAGAGAAAUGUGUGCGGCGUUCUCAACACGCUCGCAAAGAGACCGAGUUUCUCCGUCUGAAGAGAACCAGACUGGGUUUAGAUGACUUCGAGUCUCUGAAGGUGAUUGGACGAGGAGCGUUUGGAGAGGUGCGUUUGGUGCAGAAGAAAGACACGGGUCACGUGUACGCCAUGAAGAUUCUCCGUAAAGCCGACAUGCUGCAGAAAGAGCAGGUGGGUCACAUCCGUGCGGAGCGAGACAUCUUGGUGCAGGCAGACAGUUUGUGGGUGGUGAAGAUGUUCUACAGCUUUCAGGAUAAAAUGAAUCUCUAUUUGCUGAUGGAGUUUCUGCCAGGAGGUGACAUGAUGACCUUACUGAUGAAGAAAGACACGCUGACUGAAGAAGAGACUCAGUUCUAUGUGGCUGAAACGGUUCUGGCUAUCGACUCCAUCCAUCAGAUGAGCUUCAUUCACAGAGACAUCAAACCAGACAACCUGCUGCUCGACUCAAAGGGUCAUGUCAAGUUGUCUGAUUUCGGUUUGUGCACGGGACUCAAAAAAGCUCAUCGGACCGAGUUCUACAGGAACCUGAGUCACAGCCACUCCAAUGAUCUGACGUUCCAACACAUGAACUCCAAGAGAAAAGCAGAGACGUGGAAGAGGAACAGAAGACAGCUGGCUUUCUCCACAGUGGGGACUCCGGAUUACAUCGCGCCAGAGGUCUUCAUGCAGACUGGAUAUAACAAGCUCUGUGAUUGGUGGAGCCUGGGCGUCAUUAUGUACGAGAUGCUGAUCGGUUAUCCUCCGUUCUGCUCUGAAACUCCUCAGGAGACGUACAAGAAGGUGAUGAGCUGGAAGGAGACACUGGUUUUCCCGCCGGAGGUGCCGAUCUCGGAGCGAGCUAAGGAACUGAUCCUCAGGUUUUGCUGUGAAGCCGAUCAUCGCAUCGGAGCGGCCGGCGUUGAAGAGAUCAAGAGAAACGCGUUCUUUGAAGGGGUGGACUACGAUCACAUCAGAGAGAGACCUGCUGCCAUCCCUAUCGAGAUCAAAAGCAUUGAUGACACAUCAAACUUCGACGAGUUUCCAGAGUCUGACAUCCUACAGCCGACACCGCCAGCGGUUACCAGCACUCAUCCCGAGUCUGACUAUAAGAACAAGGACUGGGUUUUCAUCAACUACACCUACAAACGCUUCGAGGGUUUGACAGCCAGAGGAGCCAUUCCAUCAUACAUGAAGACAGGCAAAAGAUGAACCUGCUUCCAUCUGAUCUUCAUCGGCUGACGCUACCAAAGAAAAGAUUUUUGCUCUUCUACUUUAAAAAACGCGUUUGCACUGCUGGAUAUUUCUGUCGUUUGAUUUUCAUCAGAAUGUAGUUUUCUUUGUAACAGCGGAAACUGUUUUUUAUAUUCUUCUAAACUCUUCGUGUCUUCAGUGAUGAAUUAUCAUUUGCUUUUAUAAUAUAUAUAUAUAUAUAUAUAUAUAUAUAUAUAUUGUGCCUUGUAACUUUGUAUUUGGAAAGAAACUCAUGCUGGAUUUAUUUUGUGCUUUUAUUCUGAUUUUAUUGACAAAUUCUGGGUGGAAGCCCAUGGAUGCAUAGCAGAUGUAUGUUUGAUGCACUCAAGUGUUAUAGUUCUUUUGCAUGCGUAUGUCCCUUUUAAUCUUGUUUUGAAGCUUCUUUUUUUGGUUAUGUAGCUUUGUGACAGAUAAAUUUGACUGGUACUGAUUUGACUUUCAAAGGUACAGACGGUCACAGGGUACAGCGCUAUAAACCUGCCAACAAAACAAGCAUUUACGCUUUGUGAACACAUGGUCAUGAUGUUUGCGGUACACUUAAUAAUGUCAUGUAUAAAAACCACAGGUCUUGUGUCCUGAUGGACUCUUCAAACACUUUCCACAUGUUUUGAUAACUUUGCUGUUCAACAUCUAGUGCUGGAUUUUUAUAAAGAUAUUUAACCCAGCUGUAGUUCUUUUAGAAGGAUGUUGUUUGUCGGAUGAACAUCUCUUCAGUAUUAGGGUUGUGGACAUGCAAUAAAAACCUGUAGAUGCCUAA